ACAGAGACGAGGUGUUACCCGUGUUGUAGGCAAAUCAGUGGUUAGUAGUGUCUGAAAAACAGAUGAUAAUGUUGGGGUUAGUUUGUGGUCGUUAUUUAUCAGGAUUGUUCCAGAAACAAAUCGUUUGUUUUCGCGCACUAAAAAAGACUUGUAGCCAAAACGGUCUGGUGAGCUGGAUGGCGACAUGUUCACCCGCUCCAUUAUUAAGAGCCACACCUUGUCGUGCUUCAAUUGAUGAGGUGAUCGCUCUGAAGGCAUAUCAUCUGCCACGAAACUUCCCUGUGACCAUGAGAGCGCGGAUGACAUGUGAGGAUGGACAUUUGUGGCAGUCCGUCUCUCACUACCACGCUGAUGAGGAUGGAGUUGUAGACUUGAAAAAAGACUCCUCUGUCGGUGGUUCUUAUGUUGGUUGUGAACCGAUGGGCCUCUUUUGGAGUCUUCAGCCUGCACCUGGUGGAAAACAAGGUCUGAGGUUGAGAAAGAAACAUGUCGAGACGCCAUACACAGUGGACGUGUCCAUGCUGGAAGGCCACAUUUCUCCUCUUAAUUCCUGUAAAGAUAAGCAGAGUAGCGGAGAGCAUGAGCUGGCUACUGUCUCACUUCAGCGCUGGUACAUGGUGCCAGGCGUGAGGAGGAUUGAAAUACGGCAAAACGGAGUUGUGGGGACUCUAUUCCUCCCUCCAGGUCCAGGUCCGUUUCCAGCAGUUUUAGAUCUGUGGGGUUUGGCUCGAGGCCUGGUGGAGUAUCGGGCUGCUCUGUUUGCCUCACACGGUCUGGCCUCAAUGACUUUAGCCUACUUCGGUCAUGAAAAUCUUCCUGGACCCCCAAAACGCAUCAAUGUGGGAGACUCCUACUUCAAGGCAGCGUGGCAGGUUCUGUGUGAUCAUCCACAGGUGUGUGAGGACCGGAUUGCCAUCAGUGGGAUUUCAUUUGGGGUUUUCAUAGCUCUAUGGAUCGCCACGUCCCUUCCCGUUAAUCCAAAGUGUGUGGUUUGCAUCAAUGGACCGUUCUGCAGCAUCAACAAGUUAUUUAGUGAUGAUGGAGAGAAUAUUGAUGGAGAGCAAAAACACUGGAGCAUUAAUGAUCAAGGCUACGUGAGUUUCAAGGACAUCUCUUUACCUCAUAAUGUUCCACCUGAAAACGUUAUUCAGAUUGAGAAGGUGCACUGCCCUCUGCUGUUCAUCGUUGGAGAGGAAGAUUUAUGCUGUCCAUCUACUGAGAACGCAGAUGAGAUCGAAAGACGCCUGCACACAGCAGGUAAAUCUCACCUGUUUACUCGGGUGUCGUACCCCGGAGCUGGUCACCUGAUCGAGCCACCAUACACACCGACUAGCCACACCUCCAUCUGGGCCAGUCAACCCACUCAAUCUAUGAUUCAGUGGGGAGGAAACCUGAAGCAACACGCAGCCGCUCAGGAGGACUCAUGGCAGCGCAUCCUGAAGUUUCUGGAAAGUAAUCUAAGAGGGGAGGACACAGAUUAGUUUUGAACGCACCAUUUUUGCCUGUUCCUUAAUUGUGUCCUAUUGCUCAACUCAAGAGCUGGUCCUUUAUCACCUGGAAUGAAAUACAUAAGAUGAUCAUAAGAUAAGGGUAGAGUCGACAUCAAGGCAUACAAAUUUUUUUUUGUAUGUAGUUAAGAUUCUCAUGAUCAAGGCAAUCAUGAUCCUGUUUUUAAGUCAAGUCACCCUCUCUUUCCCCACCCUUGGAUUCAUGUACUCCAUGUAUCCACCAAUACUAUUAGCUCUUUUAAUUCUGUCCAUGUUUAAGUGUUACCAUUUAUACCACCAACAAAUCAAACUUUCUUCACAUCAAGGACUGGUGUAAGAAAUGAGUGUUGCCAGAUUGGUGUUAUUGUUUCCAACCCAAACCCUUUCAGAGACAUGAUCUGGCAACCCCAGUAAGUGUUUGUUUUUGUUUGUUUGUAUGUUUCCCUCCUACCAGCCAGUUCUCCAAUAUCAUGCAACAGCUACUAUCCAGAGAAGGUUAAGGCUAACACGGGUUUUCUCAGAGACUACGUGAAGCCAGCCAAACACAUUUCUUUCGUGCUGUGUCACAGGGCAGCAUAACACACUCUGAGGAAAGUGCUAUCCACCUGUUCUGACAUAUAUGAGCUCAUGGACAUGAGCUCGUAGAUGCAUGUUUUUCUACUGUCACUGUGAUUGACAGGGGAGAGACACUAUGCCGAUUUCGCUCCCUUGGCUGCGGUAUUGUCAGGGUUCGACGUCACGAUCUCCUGACAAUGGGGCGAACACUUCUGUUGCACCAGUCGGGUGCCCCAUGUGGCUCGCUCUUAAUACAACAUGAAAUAAACACAACAGAACCAAGUGAACAAUCAUGCAAUACAAAUCUGAAUUUCACAGAAAGUACAGAGUUUAUAAUGGUGUUUAUUUUUAUAGAGUUGUUUAUUUUAAUGAUUCUGCUCCGUCAUGAACAGAUCGUGACACGCUGAUGUCACCAUGGCGAUGAGAGGAAUGAACUCCUGGAAGUCGAUCUCUCUAUCUCCGUUCUGAUCCAGAUCAGAAAAUAGCAAGUCAAGGGUAUCCUUGUCCCGAAUUUUCUAUGGAAGCAGGAAAUAAGUACGGCCAUUAUCAUCACCAUGAUGUAUUGUCGUUAUCGCCAGGCAUUUUAUCAUUUUAAUAACUUGCUGUAAAAAGUGACAAAUUAUUUAAUUAGUUAAUUACUUAAUUUAAACUAGAUGGUAUACUGUUGCUAGAAACAAUGCAUAUAUUUUGUAUUCCUUCACUGUGGAUUAAAUAAAAUUUUGUUCUGAAAAUAGUGUCAUAUUCUUGGUUUUGUCAUCUUUUUUUAAAUAUAGAUUUAGGGUGUGUACUUGAACAUACUUAACUUUCCUGAGAAAGCUCAGUGUCCGAGACCGAUUGCCUCAUACUUUGCUUGCAUAAUUUGAUAGUAAAAAUCUGUGUCCAUAAACCGCAAAUGGAAAAUUCCACUGAUUUGAAUUACAAUUGAGUCACUCCUUUCACACCCAGUCCACAGAUUCAUAACAUCAUCAUAAGACUGAUCUCAAACACUCACCAA